GUUACGUUGGUUCAAGAGUUGUUGUACCUCCUCAUUUUUCUGAGAGGCAUUCUGUUACAUUACUCUUUCACUCAUCUCACCAAGCAAGCAUCUUCCGUUUUUGAAAGUAGAAAACCUAAUGAGAAAUCUCAAUCCUCAUGCGCUAACUUCUUUUCCUAACAAACUAUUUCACAUUCCCAACAGAUUUUACUGCGUGGAUUCUGAAAAAAUGCCCAAAGGCUUCAUCGAUCGUUUCAAGUGGAAAUUCAGAAAAUACGAAACUGUUCCAUACACUAAACGAUCACGUUAUAUUAUAUACCCAACACAUCAGAGGGAGAGAAGUCGCGGCGAGAAACAGUUUCAACUAUUCAAACAAAGUUUCCGACGAGAUGCAAUUUUGCCUCCUUCACAUCCACAUACUGUUAGGGUUAAAAAGAUUCUCAAUAACAUUCUCAAUGCAUUGCAGAAAGAGAGGAACAAAAUGAGGUCUGCUUCUUCUAACUAUAGCUUUUUGCAUCUUCUUUGGUUGCGUCUUAUUCGAAGGUUACCGCCUUCUAUGUCCCAUCUGGAUGGAUUAAAUUGGGAGAUUUUGGUUGUCAAUGCUCCUGACUUAACUUGCCAAUGUUGCCCUGGUGGCAAGAUGAUUAUAUCCAAGGUUCUUAUUAACCAUUUUUCAAAUGAUGCGGAGAUUGCAACUUGUAUUGCACAUGAGGUUGCACAUAUUGUGGCUCGACACCCUGCUGAAAAAAUCACAAAGAGCGUGUGGAUUUAUAUUGUGUAUAUGGGGCUUAACAAGUUUAUCAGCAUUGAUUAUAGUAAGCAAGUGGCGCCGCUUGUCUCUAGACUACCUUUCCACCGACGGUUUGAAAUCGAAGCUGAUUACAUCGGCCUUCUACUAAUGGCAGCAGCUGGCUAUGAUCCUCAGGUGGCACCUAAAGUAUGUGAAAAGAUAGAAACGUUAUAUGAACGUGACAACGAUUCUAUGCUUACAUGUUUUUUUGAUACCCAUCCAUCAGGAGGAAAAAGAGCCAACGCAUUGACUCGGCCUAAGAUAAUGAAUGAAGCUCUUGUUUUAUAUAAUGAGGCAAUUGCAACAACAAGGUGUGGGGUUGAAUGAUUUCAUUCUAUUGGACUGCAUAUUCACCAUGUCCACAAACUACAAAUGCAUCUAGUUGAAACCUCUCAUAAAUUUCAAUUCUAGUUUAAUUUCAUCUAUGUUUGCAAUUAACUUUUAUGUUUGUUUCAGUUUCUAUGGAAUUUAGCCUGUUAAAGAAGUUGUUUGGGUAACCGACAUUACUAUAAUUGAAUUAGCAAUAGACUUCCCAGGAAUAACAGAAAAUACAGGAAUAACGCCAAUAAUAAUUAUAAAUAUUAUCUGGAGCCAAACUUGUUCUAUCUUUCACCUGUGCAUAGUUACUUCUACCAAAACUUUCACCUGUGAAUCUCCAGUAGCAAAACUUCAAAGUUAAAGUUGAUUUAUUUCUGAGAAAUAGUAUGUGUAUUGU